CUGUUCACAAUAACCCGCAGCGAAUGUUCCGCAACGCGCAACGUAACGAAAAAAAUUUCAUUGUGACUGCGCUACCGACGAGUAAAAAAUCAUCCAUCAAUUUAAAAACCAAAUUAAUAAUUGUGCACUGUUUGAGCCAACUGAGAAAACACACACACGAAAUAUAUCACAAAAAUGUUUAAAAUGAAAGUGUAAUUUGGAAACGCCGUCGAAAGUCGUCGAGCGCGUGCAUAUAUACGGGUUCCGUUGGUUGGUUUUUUUUCUGCUGCCUGUGCUACCACUUUACCUUUACGUUUACCUUAACGCAGCAGCAGCAACAGCAGCAAUACACUCAUUUUGUUCGUGUUAAUAACUUUUUUUGUGCGUCUUUGCUUUGUGGUCGCCAUUCAUUUCAUAUAGUAUUAUUUUUCUCUUGGAUUUUUCUUCAUUCGGCCGCAACAACUACAACAAAAACAACAGUAGGAGCAGCAAAAGCAGCCGCAGCAGUAGCAGAGAAACAGCAACAAGCAGACAACAUGGAUGAAAGAGCGAGCGCGAAGAUCAUCAUAUACUUACCGUAAUCGUAUCGUGAAUGAAUAUUUUGUCUAUGUGUGAGAGGCGUGCUCUACGUGUGCGUAUGCGUAUGCGUUUGUGUGUGUCCAUGUGUGUGUGAGAGUGGGAGACCGACCCCCCAAAGCAUUUAAUAAAUAAUCGUGUGUGCAAAUAAAUGUUCCAAAAAGAAAUUGGCCAAAACGUAGCAAAGAAAAAGUGUGAAAAUUUAUACCCGACUUGGAUCAAUCGACAAUCGCCAUUAAGUGCACAAUCGUGUGUGGAAAAGCUCUCUCGCUUUCGGUCCAUCUCGCUCUCACUCACUCUGUCUCUCGGGAGUGUGUGUUCGUUCUUCUCAGGCGAUCCGUUUACUGUUUCCCGUGAGUGCGCCGUCCCGUGUCCGUGUGUAUGCGUGUCUGUCCCAAUCUGUCCCAAAAUUUAGACAGAGUAUUCCCCGUACACAUCUCUCUUUGUGGAGUUUUGGAGCUGCAUCAACCUACUCAUUUCUUGGAUACGGAUCAGACUUCCAUCAGGAUCAGCAUCAGGAUCUUUUUGCAAAAGUUGAAACGCUGCCUGGCCAGGAUGCGGCUCUAAAAGGAGAAGAAGAAGGAGAAGCAGCAGCAGGAGACAAUUCUCAACCCCAAAAAGAGUAGAAAAACCAAAAGCGAUGUCCAAGCAAGUGUUCUCGGCGCAUCCAGCGCUGGCCGUGGAGCAGCUGCAGCAGGCAGAGCAAGAGGAGAUUAGCAGCUGUAAUCCUCACCAGCAGCAGCAGCAGCGAUCAACCACAGCGCCGCAGAGCAGGCGGCAUGGCAAGGCCACGCCCAAAAAGUAUACCAUAAGCAGAAGCUGUGCAGGCAGCACCACUGUCCAUCAGCCCACAGCAACCACAGCAACUGCAACAGCAACAACGAUACCCGCCAUCAGUAGUCCACCGGAGGCGAACAGCAGGAAGACGCUGCCCGUGCGAACCAACUACGCGGCCGUCGAUGAUGAUGACGACAUCGAAUGCGAGGACGUGGAUGAGGUUAACUUUGGACAGAUCCGCGAUGAGGCGGAGACUAGACAACAAAACACCAAAGACUGUGGCACGGAUGAGACGGAUCAUGUGCAGCAACGGCACAAGCGGCAUCCACACAGCAGCAGCAGUAGGCAACAUCCACAGCUGGAAGAUGUGGGAGGUGGAGCAGCAGCAGCCAGAGCCGCCGUUGGGGAUGAGAGCGAUUUGAGUAGCGUUCUCAGCUCACCGUCGGUCAGUACGGUCUCCUCGCCACUGUCGACGCCCACGCGGCUGCCACAGCCACUGCAGCAGUUGCAUUGCUGCCAAAAGGUGGCAGGAUCGGGCGCGUGCAUAGCCCCGGGUCAGGGGCCACAGCAUUCUGCACAUCGACAGCACCAUCAUCACCAUCAUCAUCAUCAUGCCAAUGGGUCAGCGGGUUGUCCAGCAGCAGCGGCAGGAGGUGGCGGUGGUGCUGCUGCUGCAGCCAGUGGUUCCUGCAACAAGAACAAAAAGCUCGAUCCGCGACUGAGUCCAUCGCCGUAUCGCCAGCUCUUGCCCAUUGCACUGUGCCUGCUCUCGUUUGCGACAGUCUUUGCCACAUUGAUUGUCUACAUGGAUACGACAGAGAUUCGCCAUCAGCAGUUCCGCCUGAGCAUGUCGCGCGACUACGAGCUGAAUGGCGUUGCGCAAGACGAUCCCAAACUCAUUGCAUUCCUGCGCCAUUUCGAAAUGGGCAAAUAUAUGGGCAAGCCCUCGGUCAAGUCAGCGGCGGCAGCGUCGCAGUCCAACGCGGGAGUACCAACAGCAGCGACAGCUGGAGGAGCAUCCCUCAGUUCCUUUGGCAACAGCAGCGGCAGCACAGCCGAUCAGUUGGCCCACUAUGUGGCCGAUCUGUUGGGUGGCAAGAUGGAUGGAGCGGUCAUCCAAUCGCUGAGUGGUCCACUGGCCCAUCUGAUUACAGCGCCCUGGCUGAGCGAGCAUCUCAAUUGGAUGGGUGUGCUGGUGGAGCCGGAGCCACGUUGGUACUUCACGUUGCGCAAGCAGAAUGCACAACGGGCGCGCAUGCAGGUGGUGCAGGCAUGUGUCUCCCCCAAUACGUAUCCCAAAGAGAUUACCAUACACAACGAGGAUGUGCGCAUCAAUAGUCUGCACGAUGAGGAGACCUCGUGGUUCAAUUCGCGUGUCAAAUGCUUUCCGCUCUACACAAUCAUGCUGGCAUGUGAGCGCACCGAAUACGAUUUGCUCAGUCUGGGCGUGCAGGGGCAUGAGCUGGAGAUCUUGCAGACGCUGCCCUUCGACAAGGUGAAAAUCCAAGUGAUAUCGAUACACUUGCUGGAGGAUCAUGAGGAUGUGCACGACUAUGUGCUGGACAUAACGCGGUUUCUGGCGAGCAAAUCCUACAAGCUGCAACGACGCAUGGGACGCAAUUACUUCUAUCAGCGCCUGAAUGUGGGUGCCACGCGUACGCGCAAGAAAGACAUUCUGCUGCUGAAGACGCCCUAGACAAGCCACAGAAUGAAAGGAAUCGAACGAGCGAUCGAUCAACGAACAACGACUUAGGGCCCUGAAUUGUCGGUCUCUCGGCUAAAACUUUAUGUUCUAAUGAUAAUUAUUACUAUUACCCCAUACGCUCUACACACUAUAUAUAUAAUACAGAUAUACAUGUUGAAUAUAUGAUUAUGUAAACGCUAUAAAACAUAUGCAUAGAUACAUAUAUGGACCUACUGUAUACCGCGAUUGUAGGACUCUCUUAGUUUUUGUAAAACUCAAAUUUCUCCUCUUUAUGUUUAUUAUUUUUGUGUCGAAAAUUUGUUUACCACUUAUGAAUAUAAUAACUAUACAUAAAAGAUAUGCACAUACAAUAUAAUGUAUUAUGAUUUUGCUAUAAGCUAUGCUCUACAUAUGUAUGGAAUGUUAGGCCUAAGCCCCUACCCUUUCGAUGUAUAAAUUAUAGAAAUUGCAAGGAGAGAGGACACUGCUCUGCGCUGCUCUGCUAUUAGCUGUAGUCCAACUCUAUCUAUAUCUAUAACUCUCAAUCUAUAUCCUAUAAUGCAAGUCUAUAUGUUAUAUCGAAUGCUUUAUCUAGAUAAUCCCUAAGUGAAUUUAUAACUAAGCGCCCGAAACCGAAACCGAAACGUUGAAUGAUGAAUGAGAAAUGAGCGCCAGACUACAUAAACAACACAUUUAAAUUAUAUUAAAUUAUUGAACCAAAACGAAGCACAUCCAUACACACACAACCAUUGUACACACACACACACACAAGCGCAAGCAAAUAAAUAUAUAGAAAAAAAAACUAAAAAUCAUUUGCAAAAAUCUGCUUUCAAACUCAUCUCAUAAAUCAUAGUUAAAACAUAAGAGAACAAACCACACAAUACAAUAUUAAAUUAAAAGAAAAAGAGAAUCAUGCAGCACACACACACACCCACGCACCCACACACACUCAUGCACAUUUUAUAUGUACUAGAAAAUAAAUCAAUAAAUAAAUAAAAUAAAUGUAAAUGUAGCAAAGAUGCAAGCGAUAAUUAAAUGUAAAAAAAAAAACCAAUUCGUAUUUCAAUUACAUUUUAGUAAUUAAUAAUGUAUUAUUAUUUUUUAUAUACAUAAAAUGAAUGCACACUGAAAUAUAUACAGAGAGAGAGAGAUAGAGUCAACGGUGUGAACUCGUUGCACCUCGCCUUAAAAGAAAAACUCCCAUUAAAACCGAGACAUAGACACAGAUCCACACACAGAACGAGAUUGAAGUAGAGAAUCAGUGCCUUCGACUUAGACUUGAAUAAAA